AUGGAAGGUCAAAACUUAUCAGCCGUUAAAAAUUCCUCCGUAAUGCGCAACUUUCCAGACCCACCCCACGGCAUGGAGAACUACGACCUGCCGGGUGUUUUCGACGAGUUGGGCGCUUUGAGUGAAACGCAACAAACUCAAUUAGACCAGUACAAAAAAAAAAUGCGAUUUGAAGACGAGGACUACCUAAGGAAGCACCCGGAAAUAGACUGCCUGAUCAGUGACCUCUUAGGAUGCAUCUUAAAGGAUCAACCAAGGGACAUUAGAACAUACGCUUCAAAUUAUUUCAAGGACCCCAAGCUGGUACAGAAAAUUGAGGAACUGAUGAAGAAACACCAAAUUGACAUGAAGAUGUCGAACAUACUAAAAAACUAUUAA